CAUGGAGCCAGCCUUCGGAGAGGUCAACCAGCUUGGCGGGGUCUUCGUCAACGGCCGCCCUUUGCCCAACGCCAUCCGGCUUCGGAUUGUGGAACUAGCUCAACUGGGCAUCCGACCGUGCGACAUCAGCCGGCAGCUGCGCGUCUCCCACGGCUGCGUCAGCAAGAUCUUGGCGCGCUACAAUGAGACCGGCUCCAUCUUACCCGGGGCCAUCGGAGGUAGCAAGCCGCGGGUCACCACGCCAACGGUAGUCAAGCACAUCCGGACUUACAAACAAAGGGAUCCGGGCAUUUUUGCUUGGGAGAUCCGGGACCGGCUGCUGGCCGACGGCGUGUGCGACAAGUACAACGUCCCUUCGGUCAGUUCCAUUAGCCGGAUUCUGCGCAACAAGAUUGGAAACCUUUCUCAGCAGAAUCACUACGAGCCUUACAAGCAGCACCAGGCAGCUCCGCAGCCGGCCCUGCCUUACAAUCACAUCUACUCUUAUCCCAGCCCCAUCGCUGCAGCAGGUGCCAAGGUGCCUACCCCCCCUGGCGUGCCACCGAUCCACAGCGCCGUCCAUAUGCCUCGGACCUGGCCCUCCUCUCAUUCCGUCACUGACAUCUUGGGAAUUAGGUCCAUCACAGAUCAAGUGAGCGACAGCUCGCCCUAUCACAGCCCCAAGGUGGAAGAGUGGAGCAGCCUGAGCAGAAGCGGCUUCACGGGCCAGCACGUUGCGGUGAACGGGCUGGACAAGGGCUCCCUGGAGCACGAGACCAAGUACAGCCAGGCACCAAGCUGCCUUCCAACUGUCGGAAGCUUUGUCUCUGCACCAACAAUGACACCUUAUCCCGCAGCAGCCCAGGUGUCCCCUUAUAUGGCGUACAGUGCUGCUCCUUCUGGUUACGUAGGUAGUCACGGCUGGCAGCAUGCUGGGGGCAAUCCUCUUUCACCCCACAACUGUGAUAUUCCAGCUUCCCUGGCUUUCAAGGGCAUGCAAGCAGCCAGAGAAGGUAGUCACUCCAUCACCGCCUCUGCACUCUGAUAUUGGAAAUAUGACAGAACAUCUGAUCCAGUCCGGCUCAGCUCAGUGUUCUUUCUUUUGUCCCAUAAUUCUUCUUCAGACUGACUCAAUGAGUUGGAACUAUUUUUCCAUGAUUUUGUGCUUAAAAAAACAAAUAAUAAUUGCGGUUUGGUAAGUGUAAAUAACAUAAGGAAGGGAUAAAUGUGUUGUCUCCCUUUGCACUGCAUAAAGAAUAUUUGACAACCCUCAGAGGGCUUGUGUGACUGUUUCAUUGGUAAAACCACACAUAUUUAUUUAAAGCUACAGGACUUUUUCAAAUGUGCAAUUGUUUCAUAUUUGUGAGAAAUCAGUCAAGGAAACCCAAUAGAUCAACAAAUGCAAUCAAAUAGAAAUUGACUUCUGGACCAAAAAAUAGUUCUUGUGGAAAAAAUAUGGACAAAUGAAUAGUCAAUGUUGCUAACAGCUUGUGUUUUAUAGCAACAAAUUGUAGAACCAAAUGAAUACAUGGCUCUGUUAUUUAUCCUGUAUUUUGCAGUGAUCACAAAGGCAGUAAUGUUUUCGUUUUCUCUUUGUAAAUAUGGAUUUGGUUAUCAUCUGCAUUUCCACUAGUCAACUGACUUCUAUUUUUCUUUUUGUUGUUAAGUGGUGACAUAGUAGACAUGCUUUUCCCACUUUAGCAUCCUUGCAAUUCCAGAACAUUCAGUGGGAAUUCCAUGAAUUGCAUUCCCAAUUCACCGAGUUUGCCAAAAUGGGAAAGGAUUUCCAAGCAAUUUGCUAUUCUUCAUCACCUCAUCUUGGUGAUGUCAUUUGUAUUAAUGGUUCAGUUCUGAUUAUUCUGUGUUUGCGGCAUAGUAUGAAACUUCCUGAAAGCACUUGGAUUUAAGGAAAAACAUUUGGUUUUUCCAGCAAAGAA